GGCGCGUGACCGCGGCCCCGCCCUUCUCCUCCUGGCCUCGCCCAACGGUCUCUCUAGGAUAAUCUUUUCUUCGUGGGUCCUGACAGUUUAUUACCUGUUUGUGUUCGAUGGGACGACGAAUUCACUUUGUGGUUGACCCUCAGGAGGGACAUAUUUCAGUUGUGGCAAUUUUGUGUUAUUACUUCUGCUCAUUGUUUUGUAUAGCUUCAUUACUAAGAGCCUCAGUAGCUGAUCCAGGAAAGCUACCUGAAAACCCAAAGAUACCAAUUACAGAACAAGAAUAUUGGGAAUUAUGUAACAAAUGCAAUAUGAUGAGACCAAAGCGUUCACACCAUUGCAGUCGUUGUGGACAUUGUGUGAGGAGGAUGGAUCACCACUGUCCAUGGAUUAAUAAUUGUGUUGGUGAAGACAAUCAUUGGCUGUUUUUACAGCUGUGUUUCUACACUCAGAUCCUUAGUUCCUAUACACUGAUACUUGAUUUCUGCCAUUACUACUACUUUUUGCCUCUGAAGAAAGAAAACUGGGAUGUUUUUGUAUUUAGACAUGAACUUGCUCUCCUAAGAAUAUCUGCCUUCAUGGGUCUAAUAAUAUUAGGUGGAAUAAGUGGACUCUUUUACACUCAGCUAAUGGGUAUUUUCACUGACACUACAAGUAUAGAAAAAAUGUCAAACUGUUGUGAAGACAUAUCGAGGCCCCGAAAGCCAUGGCAGCAGACCUUCUCAGAAGUUUUUGGCACUCACUGGAAGAUCCUGUGGUUUAUUCCUUUCAGGCAGAGGCAACCACUGCGAGUUUCCAACCACUUUGCCAAUCACGUCUAAACAGAUGGGUGGUGCGCACAGAUGGGUCCUCCAUGCUGGAA